CAUUGCAUCAUCCCCUCCUCCCGGAAAAAAGAAAAGGCUCCUCCUAGCAAAAGUAGCCUGUGAAGCGAUGGGUUCCAAGUACUUGUUGUUCGGCCUCUGCUCCCUGCUUGUACUUUCCGGCCAGCGGACUCUCUUCACUCCAGCGUUAGCUCGGGGCAUCCCAGGAUCAUCGGCAGCAACCUUCGCUUCCUUUGUUCAUGCGCCUACCAAGAACAAUGACCCCGGCAGCGGUGUGCAUGCGCGCCAGCCAGCAGGUGUGGAAGAGCAGAAGGGUGAAACUGGUUUGCUCAAUCCUCGUAUCUGGCCACGUUGCCCGCCGUCCGUUUGCCACUGGCACGGCACUUCAGUUCCAGCUUCAACUCGCGCAGCAGCAAAUCCCUGAGAAGGACGAUCAUUCGGUUGCGUUGGAUCGGCGUCAAACCAUGCAUGGCGGGGGAUUAAAUUAAAAACCGUGCCUGUGCUGUGAUGUUGCCUACUAUAUAAUGUGUGUGUGUGUGUGUGUGUGUGUGUGUGUGUGUGUGUGUGAAUUAAUGUCUGGCGACGGCGCCUUAGGAGUACAACAUACGUGAUGAAAUAAAUAAAUCGUUGGUAUUCUCUGCAA